AUGUCUCCCCCGCACGUAAUCCUACCCAAAAACGGGACGGCUCACGAUGCAACCCGGCCGCCUGCUGCAUGCAAAUCCUCCCCCGAGGGGGGUCAUGGGGGACACGGCAGAGGGUAUCUGACCCACACUUUUGUCGGCGAGGGCUCCCGAAAUAUUUGCCCAGACGAGAUAAAGGAUACUACUUUGACAGAUGCUCGUGUUCUAGGUACAUUGCUCAACUCGGCUUAA